GAUUCGCCCCUGCCUUUUCUUCUCCCGCUGUCCCCUCCCCGCGUGCGCUCCCUCUCGUGGCGGCGACUGGGUGACCGCCGCCGUACGCCAGGCGCUCAGGUCUCGUCGACCCCUCCUUCGCCGGCGAAUAUCACCCUUCAGGGCAAUGAUGGGAGGCUGGGGGGUUUCGGAUGGGUACGAGGGAUCAAAGAGGCCACGAAUGAUGAUGGAAUCGAAUCCCUACUUCGCAGUGAACGCAGGGAGUCCAUUGGAUGUCUCAAAGAGGUCUAGGAUGGUGGAACCAGGCCCCUAUUUUGGGGCUAUGGGAAGCAACGCUGGUGGUGCCAGUGGUGGCUUCUACCAGCCCUUCAACAGCAACUUAGCUGGUGCAGGGGCUAGCACUGGCAUCCAAAACUUUCCAGGUGUCCGGCUGCGUGGUCUCCCUUUUGAUUGCAACGACAUUGACAUCUGCAAGUUCUUUGUGGGACUGGACAUAGUGGACUGCCUCCUGGUUAACAAGAAUGGGCGCUUCACUGGUGAGGCUUUUGUGGUCUUCCCAACAGCUAUGCAAGCAGAAUUUGCGCUGCAUCGCAACAGGCAGAACAUGGGCCGGAGAUAUGUUGAGGUGUUCAGAUGCAAGAAGCAGGAGUACUACUGUGCAAUAGCCAACGAGGUGAGCCAGGGUGGUUACUUUGAGUCAGAGUACCGCCGCUCCCCACCUCCUCCAAGGUCUAAGAAGCCGGCUGAAGACAAGGGCAGUAUGGAGUACACUGAGGUGCUGAAGCUCCGUGGGCUUCCCUACUCUGCCACCACUGAGGACAUCAUCAAGUUCUUCCUGGAGUAUGAGCUGACAGAGGAGAAUGUGCAUAUUGCAUACCGCUCAGAUGGGAAAGCUACUGGUGAAGCCUUUGUUGAGUUCCCCACUGCUGAAGUUGCCAAGACGGCCAUGUGCAAGGAUAAGAUGACCAUUGGGACGAGGUAUGUAGAGCUGUUCCCGUCGACCCCAGAGGAGGCGAGCAGGGCGAGAACCCGAGGCAGGCAUUGAAGAAGCGAAUGGCUCAAUGAUCUCUUGUUGCAUGUGUUUGCGAUCAAGUUUAGUUUUCACUUCGCAUGCUUACCUGUAUCGCUGUUAGAUUGUGUUAGUCGUAUCGUCAUGCUGCUACUGCUUGUGUAUUUGAGUGUUUGACUUCUUAUAUGCGAACUGAACUGUAACAUUUUUUCUUUUCUGGAUGCACAUGUUUGGUAUAAUCAUUUAUGGAUUUUGCUUCAUUUUAGUUUAUUCAUGUUCUGUUUA